AGCGAUUGGGAACGAAGUUAAGUUGCAUUGGAACAACAAAAUGUACAUAGCAAUAUUUGGGUUGUUUCAUAUGCAGUGACGUCAUGGCUAGAGGGUUCAUUGACUGUCACUGUCACAUGUCAGCAAAUGAGUUCACACAGGAUUUGGAUGAUGUAAUACUGAGAGCCAAAAAGGCUGGAGUAAUAGCUCUGGUUGCAGUUACAGAGGGAGCCGAUGAAUUUGAGAGAGUUAUUAAACUGUCAAAGGUGUAUCCUGGAUUUGUCUUCCCUUGUUUUGGCAUUCAUCCCCUUCAAGGAUCUGGGCAAGACUUGCAUAGUGUCAAGAUCCAGGACUUGGAGCCAUCCCUUACUUUCUUCCAGAAGUAUAGAGAUGAUAUUGUUGCAGUGGGGGAGAUUGGUCUUGACUUUACCCCCUGGUUUGCUCAAACCACUCAAGAGCGUGAUGAACAGAUAAAAGUCUUUAUAAAACAACUUGAAAUAUCUAAAGAACUGGAUUUGCCAGUGAAUGUACAUUCCCGUUCUGCAGCUAAGGUUACCAUAACCACAAUGAAAGAACAAGGGAUAAGACAAGCAUUAUUACAUAAUUUUGCUGGAAAGCCAUCAGUUGCCAUGGAAGGGGUUCAGGCUGGAUUCUGCUUCUCCUUUCCGCCUGCGGUUGUCAGAAAUGAACAGAGAGCAAAAUUAAUCAAACAAAUUCCACUGGAACACAUUUGCCUUGAGACAGACUCACCAGCUUUGGGACUUGACAAAGAUGUUAGAAAUGAGCCACAAAACAUAAUGAUCUGCUGCGAAUACAUUGCAAAACUGAAGGGAGUCUCUUUAGACAGAGUCAUGGAAGUUACAACCCAAAAUGCCUUUCGAUUGUUUUCAAAGUUAAAAGUCUAGAAUGUUUUUGAAUGUGACAAUGAUCUGUGUGCAUUUAAAUAAUUUAUAUAAAAAAAUAAAGCACUUCGUUGUAUUGUC